CACUGCACCGAAUGGGGAAGAUAAUUCUUGCAGCACAACCGGAAACAGAACGUAGACCGCACGAAAUAGCACAUGUAAACUUAGCAGCCGGUUCUGAACGUUGGAUGAAAGGAUUUUGAAAGCUUUGGUGAUGAGAUUCUCUAAUUAUUGUUUUCACACGCUCUAUAAAGAGUGGUUGCGGAGACGUGCUGGACUCCACGGAAAUGGUAAUGUUUAGCCCAUGGCAGCGGACGCCUCUGGACCCAGGAAUCCCCAGUGAUUUGCCAAUGAACGGCGAAAGCACUGAUUUAGGGGCGUCAGCCCCAAGUCCGGCGGGGUAUUUGGGAAAAGUGAAUGAAAGAGCUUCCCAGGUGGAGAACUGCCCCUGGUGCUCGGCCAAGGGCCGGACUUACAGCCUCCGGUCGUAUCGCAUCAACUUCCACGAGUCCAUAACCCUGUGUACCAACCCCGAGUGCCUGUUUCCUCUGGUGAGCAAACCCUUGGAAGAAAUUCUCGACAGUCUGACUCCAGGAGACUGCCGAGAUGGAGGAAAGAGAAGAAGCCCCAGUGGAGAGGACGCGGUGGCUGGCUCGAAGCGUUACAAGGCUGACGAUCCUGCGGGCGUGGGCUUGGCUCACGGCGUGGACCUUGGCCUAAGCGGAGGAGUAUCCCCGGAGAUGGUGCAUCAUGGGAAUGGCGAACACACAGGAGCUGCCGUUCCUCUCCAGGGGGAGGGCUCCACCCACAACACUGACCUGGAUAUGGGAGACCUGCCGCUGCAGAAGCCCACAGAUCCCUUGGGAGAUAGGGAUGAAAUGGGGUCAGGAAACGGGGAGGAGAUUGUGCCCCUGUCUGAUGGGCUGCCCGCUGUGGUAGAGGACGUGAGGCCUACCGUGGAGCAAGUAGUACCUCUUCCCAAAGAUCGGGUAUUAAUGGGAACCAGCAAUGAGCCGGAGGUGAGGCCUGUGGUUGAGUCAGGUGUGGGGCCCACGGUGGAGCUGGAGGUGAGGCCCACGGUGGAGCUGGAGGUGAGGCCCACGGUGGAGCCGGAGGUGAGGCCCACGGUGGAGCCGGAGGUGAGGCCCAUGGUGGAGCCAGAAGUCAGUCUUCCUGAGGGGCAGGCGGUAAGGCUUGAAACUGAAAUUGCAGAAGAUUUUCCAAUGGAGGAGCUUGAAGAGAGGCUCACAGAGGAAAUGGAAGUGGGACUCCCAGUGCAGGAGGAAGUGAAGCCCAUCGUGGAGCCGAAAGCAAUUCCAGAGGAGCAGGAAAAUCUUACAGAAGAGCUGGAAAUAGGGCCCACGGUGGAGCUGGAGGUGAGGCCCACAGUGGAGCUGGAGGUAAGGCCUACGGUGGAGCCGGUGCUGAGGCCUAUGGUGGAGCAGGAAGGUGGACCUGUUGAGAUGGUUGCUGCUCCUUCCCAUCUCUUCUGGAAGAAUGAGAAUAAUCUGUGCUGGCUGGAUGCUCUGUUGGUGGCCCUCGUACACUGCCGGACUCUGAGGAAGCGUGCAGAGAGCCUGCUCAAGAACAGGUCGCCGAUCCAGCGACUAUGCAACCGCUACAGCCAAGCCUGUGACCUCGUGAAAGCUAACGAACAAAUGGGUCCUGAAGAUAAAAUUGUCGGGGUUCCUUCAGCAGUCCUUAACCAGGCCUUGAAAGAGCUGGAGGAGCUCCGGAUGUCUACCUUCACCUCACUUCAGCCCAAACUGAAAUGCAACCUGGGACAGGAGGAGACUCCAGUGUUCGCGCUGCCGGCCUUGCUAAGGCUGGACUCCCAGGCUGAGGCUUUGUUCCAGCACACCUUCCACUGGGACUUUGAGUGCUCUGUCUGUGGCCACACCUCCAGGAGCAGAUGCCAGAAGACUUUGAGCACGUUCACGGGCGUGCUGCCUGACUGGCACCCCCUGUCUGCCGUUCACCUGGCCUCCUGCAACCAGUGCCUCCGCAGACUCCAGCGCAGGACCAUGGUGCUCAAGAGCAUUUCCUCUGUGUUUGCCCUGCACUUUGUGGAAGGACUACCUCAGAAUGAUGUUGACGCGUACUCCUUUGAGUUCCACGGCGACCACUACUUUGUCAGCACUAUAAUCCAGUACGAUCAACGGCUGAAGCACUUUGCUACGUGGAUCCGAGAUGUCUCCGGGUCGUGGCUUGAAUUGGAUGACUUGAAAUACCCACAAUGCUCUUCUCACAAGAGCCUGCCUGUCCCCGGGAAUGAAAUUCACAUGGUUUUCUGGGAGGUCCAGCCGGAGGGGGUGGGUCGUUACCAUAGCUACACUCCCGUAAAGUGUAUGGGCGAUGCAGACGCCCGUGAGAGCGACCUCUCACUCACCAUCCCACAGGACGACACGUUCCUCGUGGAAGCGCUGACGGAGGACAGCAAGGUGUCCCCUGACGGGGCGGACUCUUCCGUGGGAAGCACCACCCUCCUGGAGGCCUUCGAGGGCCUGUCUCACAGCGACAUCGUCACCCUCACCCUGGUGGAGGUGGACACAGACGGGAACGCCCUGGCCGACGGCACGCCGGCCGCUGCUCUGCAGUCCAGCCCCGUUUCGUCCUCCGGGGCCCACAGUGGCAAAGUCUGUGACACGCCCAAACGACAAAGAGGCAAGAGAGGCAUGCCGGAGAAGGCAGUUCAGGCGGACGGGGGUGACAUUGGCCCUCCCACCUCCAAAUCUCCUCCUUCCGCCCCUGACCUCCGUCUGCCUGUCCCCCACCCGCCGUCUCCUGUCAGCAGGGCUCCCCCCGCCUCGGUGUUCGCUGCCGCCCGCUGGUCCACCCUGCUCAGCAGGCACCCCUCGUUCCAGGCCAACUCCACCAUCCCGAAAGGCGUCUCCCCCGCCCCGGCCUACAAGCCCGCGCUGAAGCUCGCCCCUGACGACGGCCUUCCCGACAGGGCCGCCGAAAUGUUCGGGGGCUUCCGGGCUCGACCGGUCGCCACGGCAACCGACCGCUUGUCCGAGGGGGGCCGUUGCCGGCGGGGCGACGACUCGAGGACCAAAAACGAGGCCUUCAGGCAGCCGUGGCUCAAGUCCACCUGCCCGCAACCUGGAGCCAAAAACAAUCCACCUCCCUCCCUAAAAGCGGCCCACCCGCAAACAACCCUGUUCGGGCCCACCAGGACCCUGAAAACGCAGCCCUCCACGGCCCUCAGUGACACCGGCGCCCUGCGCCGCAAGCUCCUGAAGAAGCUGAAGAGGAAGAAGGAGCUGCUGGCCAAGCUGGAGCGCGUGAUGGGCACGGAGGCGCCCGAUUGGCUGCAGCGGCCCGACAGCACGGAGACCGGCUCGCCCUACACCGUCAGCUCCACCACCUCCCUCUGCAGCAGUGUCGGCAACGACGACGAGUUCCUCCACGACCUCCUCUCGCCCGCCACCACCGCCAGCAACCUGUCCCCCGACAGCACGGGGCUGCUGGAGAUGCUGGCGGCCGGGCAGGAGGAGAACCCUGCCGCCAAACAACUGGAGGUGGGAGGAGGAGGAGGAGGAGGAGGAGGAGGAGGAACGGACUGGCGUGGCCCCACGCUGGCAGAGAACCACCUCGCGUCUGCCAAGGACGACUUCCUGGAGGAGUUCAUGUCCGGCGCCGGCACGCAGCCUGGCCCCGCGGCGGAGAACGUAGAUUUUAACGUGUUCGACAUGUUCUUUUAAUCCCGCGCGAGCUGACGCCUUAGUUCGCUGGCCUGAGGAGCUUUGGAACUGAACUUUGUACACUGCACUACGCGAAAGCCAAAAUGAAUGGACUACUCCUUGAUUUUAUGUUGAUGUUUGAACCUUUUUUUUGUUUGUCCUAAGUUCUUUGGUAAAGAAAGAGUGAGUGACAAUAUAAUAUUUUGUACAAAAUUAACAACUGUCUAAUUAUUGUCAAUUCAAGAGUUUAUAUGGUUGUCUCUUGAUAUGCAGAUUGUGUUUGUUCAUUGGCCCAGGUCCAGAACGGUAAUGUAGUUUCUUAGUCUCAAUAAAUAAAUAAAAUGUUGUUCAGUGCUGACCACA